GAAGGAAGUAGUGGUGCCACGUGACCAUGUGCGCAUCCAGUCAUGUGACUUUCUUCUUCCAUAGGAAGCACCCUGAUCACAGAGAGGAGAUGGGGACUGUGCUGGACAUCAAGAUCAAGAGGGCUAAUAAAGUCUACAGGGAGGGGGAGGUCUUAUCGGGAGUCGUGGUGGUGAUGAGUAAGGACACGGUUCAGCAUCAAGGCAUCACCCUGACAAUGGAGGGGUCUGUUAAUCUGCAGCUUAGUGCAAAGAGUGUUGGUGUUUUUGAGGCCUUCUACAAUUCAGUGAAGCCAAUUCAAAUCAUCAGCACCACUAUAGAGAUGGUAAAGCCAGGAAAAGUUCCCAGUGGUAAAACAGAAAUUCCUUUUGAAUUCCCCCUUGUCAUGAAGAGCAAUAAGGUCCUAUAUGAGACGUACCACGGAGUGUUUGUCAACAUUCAGUACACCCUCCGCUGUGAUAUGAAGCGAUCUCUGCUGGCCAAAGACUUGACUAAAACGUGUGAGUUUAUCAUUCAUUCACAGCCUCAGAAGACAAAGCUGACCCCAAGUCCAGUGGAUUUCACAAUCACCCCUGAAACGUUACAGAAUGUGAAAGAGAGGGUCUCUCUACCGAGAUUUCUCAUCCGCGGUCACCUGGACUCAACCAACUGCCUCAUCACACAACCUCUGACAGGGGAGCUGAUUGUGGAGACAUCCGAGGUUGCCAUUAAGAGUAUUGAGCUGCAGCUGGUACGAGUUGAGACUUGUGGCUGUGCAGAAGGAUACGCCAGAGAUGCCACAGAGAUCCAAAAUAUCCAGAUAGCAGAGGGCGAUGUGUGCAGAGGCCUCUCAAUACCCAUCUACAUGAUAUUCCCCAGACUGUUCACCUGCCCAACCUUGGAAACCACCAACUUCAAAAUAGAAUUUGAGGUGAACGUAGUCGUCGUUCUCCAGGAUGACCAUCUCAUCACAGAGAACUUUCCUCUCAAGUUGUGUCGAAUGUGACAUUGACUUCUGCAACCGGAGUCAUCUGAGAACCAAUCAGAGUGGAGCAGUCUGAGUAUCUGACGACUUAAACCCUCCAAUCGGUCUUUGCGCAAAUGCCACAGCAAGAUACAAUCUAGAGACGCUGUGAAAUUUGGUAUUUUUGAGGUAAAUAUUCAUCAGCUGGUUUAAAGACGCCUACAAUUGUCACUCCUCUUCUGGAGAACAGAAUUGGCCACCAUUGCCGAACUUUUAAUAAACUGUGUUCUAGAUUGAAA